AUGGCAUCGGCCGAUAACAUCGAUCACCGCCGCUCUUCGCGCCCGCGAGCCCGGGAUCAUCUGGCAACGUAUCAACUUUUUCGGAUUUUUAAUGAGUAUGCCCCUUUCCACCUUCCAGCUCGAGUCCUGGAAAAUGCACCCACUCUGCCGGAUCCACUCGAUGCUGCUGUGGAUAACGGCUUGACGGUGGUGGAUAAUUUCAUAGAAGCCCGGGCAGAAUCCGUGAAGAAGAACUAUGACAGAUGGGUCUCACGGCCACGGGAGAAUAUUAGAACCGGUGUCGGGGUCUACACCGAAUGGGGGAAAGGAUUGGUCGCCGGAAACCUACGCAAGCUGGAAGAGGGAAUAUUCGUAAUGGGUAAUUAUCUAUUGCCUAGUGAAGACGAGGAAGAGGGAGAGGAAGAGCAUGGACAAGAUCAUGAACAUGCUGUUAUGAACUCCUACUGGACCUCUACGGAGUCUGUUAUUGACACCAGUGAUGAAGAGGAUUACCUGGGGACAUCGAGGAUAGUGUCGAAAGAUGGGAAACUCAGACCUUUGACCCCAACAGCUGGGUACCAUCAUCAUCAUCAUUCCCACCAUUCCAAUAACCCUCAUCAUCAGCGGAACCAUUCACAUCAAUACCACGGCCCCAGUCUCAGCCACGGUCAUAAUACGACCCGCCAGAGAUCUGCGUCAACCCCGAGUCUGCCUCCUUUUCAACCAGACCAACCAAGUAAGGAGGUUGAAAACAUCGGAAGGUUAUUGGUUACAUUUGCACAUCGCACUUAUGUGCGGAAUGCGCAUAAAACUCCUGGACAGAUGCUUUAUGAUGCAUUGGAUUUAGCACGGACUGAAGCAAAAAGGGUGGUUAAGGGGUUUGAUGAAAAAUAUAGCAUUGAGAUUGGAUAUUUGCACAAAAUGAUGGAAGUGGGACGGUGA